CUCUGUCUGUCACACACACACACUCCAGUACCCCCACGCUUUCGGCACAUUCUCCUCGCGCGAGAGGGGGGAGGAGAGGGGAGGGGGGAGGAGCGAGAGCGGAGCGAUGGGCUCGCCGGGGCAUGGGGAUGCGGCGGAGAGGGACAUCGACGAUCUCCCACGGAACGACGCCAACUACACGGCGCUGACGCCGCUCUGGUUCCUGGAGCGCGCCGCCGUGGUCCACCCGGACAGGGCCGCCGUCGUGCACGGCCCGGUGAGGUACACCUGGGCGGAGACCUACCGCCGCUGCCGCCGCCUCGCCUCCGCCCUCGCGCAGCGAUCCGUCGGCCCCGGCUGCACGGUCGCUGUGAUUGCUCCAAAUGUCCCGGCACUGUAUGAAGCUCAUUUCGGCGUCCCCAUGUCUGGAGCGGUGGUGAACUGCGUAAACAUCAGGUUAAACGCCGAGACAAUUGCCUUCCUCCUUGACCACUCAGUGGCAGAGGUCGUCAUGGUGGACCAGGAAUUCUUCACCCUAGCUGAAGAGUCCCUGAAGAUACUGGCCGAGAAGAAGAAAUGGUCGUUCAGGCCCCCGAUCCUGAUCGUCAUCGGCGACCCGACCUGCGAUCCGAAGCCUCUGCAGUACGCUCUGGGGAGAGGAGCGAUCGAGUACGAGGAGUUCCUGAAGACCGGUGACCCGGAGUUCGCCUGGAAGCCGCCCAAGGAUGAAUGGCAGAGCAUCGCGUUGGGUUACACCUCCGGGACUACUUCGAGCCCCAAGGGCGUCGUGCUGCACCACCGUGGCGCCUAUGUCAUGGCGCUCGGUGUCGCCAUGGUUUGGGGGAUGCCUGAGGGAGCUGUGUACCUGUGGACUCUGCCCAUGUUCCAUUGUAAUGGUUGGUGUUACACUUGGGCAAUGGCUGCGAUGUGUGGAACCAACAUAUGUCUUCGCCAGGUGAGUUCAAAGGCGAUAUACUCUGGCAUAGUGAACCAUGGAGUGACACACAUGUGCGCCGCGCCGGUCGUCUUCAACAACCUCAUCAACGCUCCGGCGAGCGAGACCUUCCUGCCGCUCCCGCGCGUGGUCAACAUCAUGGUGGCCGGAGCCGCCCCGACGCCGUCGCUGCUCGCGGCGCUGUCGAUCCGCGGCUUCCGCGUGACCCACACGUACGGGCUGUCGGAGACGUACGGCCCGUCGACGGUGUGCGCGUGGAAGCCGGAGUGGGACAGGCUGCCGCUGGAGGAGCGGUCGCGGCUGCACUGCCGGCAGGGCGUGAGGUACGGGGCGCUGGAGGGCCUCGACGUGGUGGACCCGAAGACGAUGGCGCCGGUGGCCGCCGACGGAAAGUCGUACGGGGAGAUCGUGAUGCGGGGCAACGCCGUGAUGAAGGGCUACCUGAAGAACCCCAAGGCGAACGCGGAGGCGUUCGCCGGCGGGUGGUACCACUCCGGCGACCUUGGGGUGAAGCACCCCGACGGGUACAUCGAGGUGAAGGACCGGAUGAAGGACAUCAUCAUCUCCGGCGGGGAGAACAUCAGCAGCCUGGAGGUGGAGAAGGUGCUGUACGCGCACCCGGCGGUGCUGGAGGCGUCGGUGGUGGCGAGGGCGGACGAGCAGUGGGGGGAGUCGCCGUGCGCGUUCGUGACGCUCAAGGAAGGCGCCGACAGCUCCGACGAGGCGGCGGUGGCCGGCGACAUCAUGCGGUUCUGCAGGGAGAGGAUGCCGGGGUACUGGGUGCCCAAGUCGGUGGUGUUCGGGCCGCUGCCCAAGACGGCGACGGGGAAGAUCAAGAAGCACGAGCUGAGGACCAAGGCCAAGGAGCUCGGCCCCGUCAAGAAGAGCAGGAUGUGAGCUCCUCUUUUGCCUCUGCACUCGGCUGGUUGCUGUCGUCGUUGUGUUCUUCGGAUAAAAGGAUUUGGGUUGCAAUGCUGUUGUAUGUAAACUGUUCCGUCAAAACUGAUGUCCCCAUCGCGUUUGUUUC